GGGGGGGGGCUGAAUUAGCCUGAGGAUGCUCAAAAGAGCUUGGUCUAGAUAGGGUUAACCGAAAAUGCUGGCACUUACAAACGGGGUUUUACUCUAUACUUCAAAUUUAAAAUGAACGUUUAUUUCAGUUCGAUUUGCACUGCGACACUGAAGUAUACAGUUACUUGGCCACAUCUUCAGUUUUUAUCAGCUGGGCAUUUGGAGCAGUCGUUCUUGGUUGGGCGUCAGAUAGGUAUGGUAGAAGAAUCAAUAUGCUGAUAUCGACAACUUUUAUCCUUUUGUUUGGGUUCAUCAGCUCGUUCUCUCCAAGUAUUUGGUUCUACAUUUUUGCACGAGCAGUGUUUGGGUUCUUCAUACCAGGAACUUUUAUACAGUCAAUCGUUCUAAUUUCAGAAUUUGUAGGCCCAAAAUGGCGUCCAUUUGCGGGUAUAGCAAUUUGGCUAAUAUCUGCAGUAAGCGUUGUCAUCCUUGGUGUUAUAGCCUUCUUCGUUCAGACGUGGAAAACACUGAUGAUAGUCAUCACAGCUCCAUAUUUUUUCAUCUUGCUGUUUUUUUUGGCCAUUCCCGAAUCAGCUAGAUGGCUUCACGUGAAUGGAAGAAAUGACGAGGCUCUUGCAAUCUUUCGAAAGAUCGCUAAGUGUAAUGGAAAAGAGCUACCAGAAGUUCAACUAAAGAAGAUUGAAGACAACUGUUCCAGCGGAAUAAAACAUUAUCUUCACCUAUUCAAGCCUGCAAAAAUCGCAGUAAGGAGCUUACUCCAAGGAUAUACAUGGAUGGUGUGUGGCUUGGUGUUCUUUGGAGUUUCAUUUGGCGCCGGUGACUUGAGCGGCCACAUACACAGGGACUACAUCAUUACCAGCUUAUUCGACAUACCGGCUGCUGUUCUUGCAAUAUACCUUUGCAACAAAAUUGGAAGAAAGAAGACAGUAAUUAUUUCCAUGUUUAUUGCCGGAAUAUCCUGCAUCGCUGUCUCCUUGAUUCCAAAAAAGUCAGGGAGCAAACCAUCGGAACUUGUUGGUCUUCGAGUUUUCUUUGGAGUGCUUGGAAGGUUUUGCAUCACGUUGUCACAUGAUUCUAUUUACAUAUGGUCGACCGAAAUGUACCCGACUUGCGUAAGGGGUGCAGCCAUGGGCUACUUGCAAAUCUUUGCCCAUAUUGGUUCUUCACUAGCACCUUGGGUGGCAAAAUGGCUCGUCGCCUUCCACGUGGUUCUACCGUUUUCAAUAAUGGGCGGUUUAGCUGUCAUAAGUGCGAUUUUGUUGUUGAGGCUGCCUGAGACGGCUAAUAAGGAAACACUGGAAACACUUGCUGAUCAAUUUGAAAUGAAGGGUAGUCACGUAAAGGAGGUAGAUCUAAAAGAAGAGAAGGAAAACGUUAAUGAGAUAAAAGACCUAACUGCAUGAUAUUUUCCACCCUCCUUCAGCAAGGAGGAGCAAAGUGCUGAAAUUUUAUUAUCAAACCAAACCCAAUAUACAUGCUUUUUACUUUACAAAGAACCUUGCUAGAGGCCUAGUUCUCGAAGUUCCUCAUCUUUAGAUUUUUUGAUCGAAUUGUAGUACUAAAAGUUCCCUAAUAGUUUCUUAAUUUACGAAAAUUGCUCCUCCUCCAUUACAAUUCUGUGUUAGUGUCGCUAGAUUCUUAACUGUAGAUGCAAAUAAGGUGAAAAACGGAUAAUAAACUAGAAAGACAUUUCAUGUAUGAAAAAGUGGAAACUCGGUCAAGAAAAAAUGUAAAACUCGAAAUUACACAAUGAAACCCUCGAUCGCUACCAUCUUUACACAAAAAUGGAUGGAACCGGCUUCCUAACUUGAUUGUUUGUAAGAAUAAUAAAUUCCAAAGAUGAGAAGCUCCUUAGGUUGUUGGUCUUUAAUUUUUUAAUUUUUAAAAGGUUCUUUAAUUUGUUCUACCUACUACAUGCAGGUUUUUUAUAAAGAAGUUCCUUAUAAAAAGACUUCUAAACCCCCACCCCUUCCCCCCAACCUCUAAAAAAGGAAGCAUUGCAGUGACCAUUGUCGAAUGUAAUCAUGUUCUCCAUUUUAUCAUAGCCAUUAACACCUUCCAUCGUCUUCGUACCAACAGCAAGGUAAUCUACAACACUUCUGUAACAUAUCCUUGUUUUAUGUGUAUUCGCCCUGUAUUGUAGUUAGUUAGUUUUCAUUUCGCUGGAGAAAAGAAGCACAAAAACACAGCAGAUUUGUUUUCAUUGUAUCGAUGGCCUAAGGCAGCAUAAACCAAAAAUCAAGAUCAUAAAUAUAAAGAUAAAGAUUGGUGAGGUCGUUCGUUUACAACUCUUUUAUUAAGAGUUCUGUAUAUCAUGUACAACCACAAUAAGAGCUAUUAACGCAUUACUGAAUUUACCCUGGGUACCAGAGCUAUUAAAGCAUUACUGAAUUUACCCUGGGUACCAGAGCCACAAACUUUCGAGCGCGGAAACAGAGUGCCAAGCAGAGAAGCGGAGGAGCGUUUGUAUGGUGAGUUCCACCAAAUGGGUUGAUCAAAAACUUUCAAAUAUAAAAUUCUGAAUGAAAUUGAUUGGUGAGACAAAAUUGAAAGAAGCAUACUAUGCUUUAAUAAGCGUUGUUGAAAUACCCCACUUCCAGACUCUAAACCGGACAUUCUUGUUUUGCCUAGUUCUUCAAUGAUGCUCAGACUUUUCAGAAAAUUGAUUUGGUCAAAAUUGAUUCAGAAAAUAGAAUGAAAUGUGCAUUUUAUGGUCAAGCAUUAAUUUGGUACAGAAUUUGACAGGGUGAAUAUGAUGAGAUGCAGAACAAUUUCAAAAACGCCCCCAAAAGCUAUUUUAGACAAUGCAUAUUAGUCCCACACAAUGCAUCCUGCUCCACGCACAAUGCAUCCUGCUCCACACACAAUGCAUCCUGCUCCACCCACAAUGCAUCCUGCUCCACGCACAAUGCAUCCUGCUCCACGCACAAUGCAUCCUGCUCUACGCACAAUGCAUCCUGCUCCACGCACAAUGCAUCUUGAACCACGCACAAUGCAUCCUGCUCCACGCACAAUGCAUCCU